AACAAAACAAAAUAGUACCAAAACCAUUUUUACAGCUCAUACAUUUUUCUAUCUACACGUUUCUAUAAGUCUCUGUCAAAAUUGGAUCCAAAAACCGUCUCAGAGAUUAUUAUAUAAGGAUGACUUUGGUGGGGUUGGCAGCCCGCAAGCUGGCUCAAAGGCAGCGAUCCGCAAAGUUGGCCGCUGCUUUUCCAAACGGCAUUCGCUGUCAGAAAUGUCUGAAUUUGGGACACUGGAGCUACGAAUGUAAGGAAAAACGAAAAUACGUGCACCGCAGCUCACGCACAAAGCAGCUUAGCAAACAUUUAGCUGAGAAAAGCGCGAACGCCGCAGAGACUACGGCGGUCAGUAAGGCACGUUCUCCAGAUGCCGUCACUGAAGUACGUCUCGAUAGCCAGAAGCGCGUUAAGCGUAAAAGAAAGCGCAACAACAGCUCUUCAUCAUCGAGCUCUUCAGAUAGCUCGAAAGGCAGUUCAGAAUCAUCAAAUUCUGAUUCAAGCAGCAGCAGCAGCGACUCGGAUAGUUCCAGUUCCGAUGAAGACGACGAUGGCAGCUCCUCCGAUGGUGAAUCUAGUUCCUCUAGCAACAGUGAAAAUGACGACUCCAGCUCCAGCAGCAAAAGCAGUGACAGCGGCGACGAGCAGGAAAACUCAUCACCUAAGAAGAAGAAACGGCGCGAUAGCUCGGAUGAAUCGUCCGAUGGCGGUGUCGAAGAUGCGUAGAGUUGGCCCGAAUAAUAAUAACUGUAUCAAUGCGUAUAAUACAUAGCAUAGCUUUAGUAGUUUAGUUUAUUUUUUCCCCCCGAGUGCUUUCAUCAGAUUAACAAAAAAUUGCAACAUGUCAUAAUUAAUUUCUUUUAAAAUAAUCUAAGUUUAA